GGAGGGCGAGGUGGAGCUGCGGGAGUUUGCAUGGCGGUGGAGACGAGAGGCUGUGGCGCAGGCGGGAGGGCGAGGUGGAGCUGCGGGCCUCUCGCGAUCGACACUCGCGGUGGAAUGCAACAUGGUCACAACAGAACAAGCACACACACGACAACAACGGGUCGGAGGGAGAGACGAGGCGCCGCGCCUCUUCUCACCCAGAUGACCGUGAGAAGAGGCGGCCCAGAUGACAUCACCUCUUCUCACCCAGAUGACCGUGGGGUGGCCUCUCACGUGAUGUGAUAAGGAGACCCGUGCCACCGAUGCGCAACGAUUGCGAGCAUGGUAGGUGGGAGGACGAGAUGGAGACGCUUGCGCCGUCGCCGGCAUCGCACGACGCCGCGGAGCUCGUCGCCGGCGCGCAGAUCGCGCUCCACUUCUUUCAGCACGGCUGCCACCUGUCCGGCCUCGCCCAGGGCCGCCGCGGCGAGGGCGGAGGCGGCGGCGAUGGCGGUGGUGACAGCGGCGAGGGCGGAGGCGGCGGCGAUGGCGGUGGUGACAGCGGCGAUGGCGGCGGCGGCGGCGGCGGCGGUGGCGGCGGUGAUGAGGCGGCGGGAGCGUCGGGGCGCGAGUACGUGUGUGACGGGAUCUUGGGCGAGGUAGGGAGGGCGUCUGGGGCGCUGCGAGGGGUGGCUUGCGCCUUGCUGCACGGCCAGACGGAGGGGUGUGAACGGCGUCUCUUCACGGCGGGCAGGCUGUGAACAGGUGCCAUGCUCCAUCCUGCACGGGAGACACGACGUGGUCUGCCCGCCGCAGGCGGCGAGCCGGCUGCGCGCCGCCUGGCCGGGCUCGACGCUGAGGAUUGUCGAGGGGGGCGCGCACGCGCUGUUCGAGAAGCCGAUGCGGAGCGCGGCGAUGGCGGCGCUGGCGGAGCACCAGGCCGCCUUGGGUGUGCACAGCAGCGGCUGCGGGCAGUCCAAGCGCCGGCGGAUGGAUCGGAGAGCGGGAUGACGCCCGGCCCUCAAAGCGCACUCAGGAGCGCACACGUACGUGGAGGAUAGCAAGCGGAUUUCCGAGACCGCGUAGAGCGUACAGGACCAGGAGGCAGAAGUGAGAAGAUGCAAAGGUAGAUAGCAAGGAAGGCGAAGAACAGCCAGGCUCGGAUUGGACACCAACGCGAUAAGGCCAUGUUCCAUACCCCGCCUUUCCCUCCAGAACCCGCCGAGCUCGUCGUGUCGCCUCACUGGGUACCUCCCCUGUCCUCUCGAGCACACACACACACACACUCACACUCCUCUCGAGGACUCGACUCUGGUUCCCUCUAUGUUGCUCUUAGCUCUUUUACUUUUUUUGAGAGCGCAUUCGUUGUUAAUAAU